GUGGGGCGGAGGCGUGCGCUGGCUGCGAAGACACGUCGGAGUGGCCCACGAAUCAUCUGCGAACAACACCUCCGUUCAACCUCUAGCCUACUGCGCCCGGGACCGGAGGAAGGUCUAGAAUAGCUGCACCGACAUCAGCACAUGCCGAGACUGAACCCCAUACCAGGACGAUUUGCGGCUGAGCUCUGAGGCAGGCUAUGGCUUCUGCAAUUGGCGAUCUUCAUCGCAGUGAUUUCGAACCCGCCCCGGGAAAUGGAGAGGAAAGGCAGGCAUUCGUCCAGAUGAAUCCCAAUCGGACUCAAAUCCGCGAGCCUCCACCACCGCACGAGCUUAAUGGCUUUCUCACGUCGGAAGAUGCUUUGUUCCAGACUUUACACAUGGGAGCGGCAGAAGUCGACGAGGACAAAUGGAUGCUCGUGGUUGAUGGCAUUGUAGAAAGGCCAUAUGCAAUCACGCUGCAACAGCUUCGACAGCUCCCGUCAAAGACGCUAACUUCAUUCCACGAGUGCUACGGCAGUCCUCUUCUCCCACCCAAGAAAGCGCUGAGUAGGAUCGGCAAUGUCCGCUGGACUGGCGUGCCGUUGCAUAGCCUCAUAGCAGCAGCGAAGCCACACCCGCAAGCCUCUUUCGUUUGGUCCGAGGGUCUGGAUAGGGGGAAGUUUGGGCCGGUUGAAGCUGAUCGGUAUCAGAAGGAUCUUCCAAUGGACAAGGCUUUGUCUGCGGAAGUGCUGGUAGCUUAUCAGAUGAAUUCACAGCCAUUGGGUAGAAAUCGCGGAGGGCCUGUUCGGCUCGUUGUACCAGGCUGGUUCGGGACGAACUCCACCAAAUGGCUUUCGAGGCUUUCCGUGCAGGACCGUCGAGCUCCCGGUCCUUUCACCACGACUCUCUACAACGAGCGUCACCCCGCAGAUGAUCCAGAGUGCGAGUCCCGUCCCGUGUGGAAGGUGCAGCCAAACUCGAUCAUCGUGGCGCCAACGCCAGAGACCAAUAUUCACGGCCCGGAAGUGCUCGUGGAAGGCUGGGCAUGGUGUUGCGACAGUAAAGGUAUCGGGGGUGUCGGGGUAAGCGUAGACGAGGGACAGCAAUGGGUGAUGGCGGAGAUCGGUAAUCGCGAAGAUUUCAGCUGGCAACGGUUCCGUGCAAGACUGCAGCUGUCGCCAGGGUCUCAUGUCGUGCUGGCGAGAGCCAGGUCGCCAAGCGGUCGAUCGCAACCCAUGGGGGAAGGGCGCAAUCAUGUUCAUCGAGUGCCAAUUGUAGUCAGAUGACGAGCAUUGCAACGAGACGACGUCUUCAUUCCAGUGUCUUUUCCAAGAGCAUGCAGAUGCGGCGGUAGCCAGCACGGUCUAGCGAUCGUUCUUCUUCGGAUGUUGAUUUCUCUGCAUGC